CUGAGCGUAGGAUUCUCAAAACAUCUGAUCCAGUACAUGAUUUUUUGACGAUUAGUUGUGUUAUAAACCAGCUGUUAUAGGCAAGAAGUAAAACAACUCUUCCAGGGCUGUGAGUUGCAUCCACUGAAGUUUGAACCACUGGGCGGCGCUAAUCGGGCUUUUUCUCAUUCAGUUCCGCUUCGAGAAAAUGCACUGAUGCUCUUUGCUCAGAAUAGAAAGGAAAGCGAACGGAUACACUCCCCCACAUCAUGCAAGAGGCAUCCUCUGUGUAGGAAUCGCCGUGCGAGCAUUUAACGUGUGAUGCAUUUAGCUCGUGAUGACAGAAAGGCAUCUGAAACAGACUAUGCUUUUUUCUCUCCUCUCCCCCCCACGUUAUUAUUGUAGCGGCGGUCCCGGGAGAAGUGGUUAACACGAAGAACUAGGUGCUGGUGGCGUCUCUGAAGCGUGGGGUUCACGAGACUGCUUGGAGUGUGUAGAAGUUGUACAUGUUCCUCUAAGUCUUGGUCCUCCAUGGAUAUUUUGGCCUUCCCUUAUGGUUCAAUGCUGGUUCUGGGUGCCAUCUCUGCUGCCUCAGCCUUCGUUGUCACCAUCCUCAUUGUGCUGGUGUGUGUGGGGUGUCGCACAUAUGUUCUGGUGGUGGUGGACAACCCAAUUUUUAGGAAAAGCAAAAGUAAACACAGCCAUGCCAGUGUGGGGGACCAAAAGAGGGACAUGGGUAUUCUUCGUCAGUCCAAGCUGAGUUCCAUGAGUAAAUCAGACACACGCCUGCAUGAGAUGCACCGACUGCCUUGCAAUACAAAUGGUGCUCCUAAGAAUCGCCCAGCCAGCAUGGACCUACUAUUGCUGCAAAGUCACCGCUCGACCUCUGACCGCCUUCCAACCUCUAGCUGCCAGAUGCCCUGCCUCCCCACUGGCUCUGAGAGUGAGGAGCGUGAACAUCUGUCCCCAGAGGACGAAGGACUAUAUGAAAGGGUUGGUGUGUGGAGAGCUCCUCCCCCAGCUCCACUUCUGAAUACAAUACAAAGCCAAUCAAUUACUGAGAACAGACAAGGAGGAGGAGGAGGGGGAGUGGAGAAUAGAGGACUGAAUGAGGCAGGGCAAGCGGAAAUGAUGGCCGAGUAUGCCUCUGUGAGGAAGGUGAGAAAGCUGGAGAGAGGAAGGAGGCAGGAAGGAUCAGAGGAGGAAAAUACAUCAGCGUCAUCCAAAACCAUGGAACCUUUCCACAUACCCAACUUCCCCAAGGGGGCAGUGUCCAUGGGUGAUGGAGAGGAGUACAUAUGGAAGCCUCCUGACGAGAGCAACAUUCUCUUUUUGAAGGGUCCAUCACUGGAGAAUGGCCACAACAAUUCACACAAGACAGAGAUCUUUGAGACAUACUCUACCAUCUGUAAACCGUUGAAGAAAGAACAUCCUGGGUCAGCACAGCAGAUCAGUGAGGAACUAUGCUCUGGAGAGAAGGGCUCUAAGGGACCUGUAUCAUGGCCAUCAAGGGAGCACUGCUAUGAGGCAGUGGGAGAGAAGACUUGGUCUAACGUGCUUGAUUUGGACUCAGCCUAUGCCACCAUCAACCACAUGCAAAAGAGAGAGCUGCUGUGCAAUAGCACAUUAAAGCCAAAGGAGAAGUCUUGUGGGCCUCUGCUGGGACCAGAGAGGGCACUGACCUGUGAGAACUUUUACGAGAGCAUUGAGGAUGUGAAACAGGGCACCAACCCCACAAACACCACCACCAUCUUCACCUUUAAUGAUGGCAUGGAGAUGUAUAUCACAGGGCUAUAGAGAUCUUGGCUGGGUACACCUGAAUUCAAAAGAAGUCCAAAAAAUAGACUAGACUAUAAUGUGAGAUGUCAACAUAAUUGCAUACACACUUUAUGGUGUAAAGCAGUGGAGAUUCAUAUACACCCAUCUGUAAUAUACAUUUGAUAAACACAUACAGUGCAUCUGGAAAGUAUUCACAGCGCUUCAGUUUUUCCACAUUUUGUUAUGUUAGAGCCUUAUUCCAAAAUGGAUUAAAUUCAUUAUUUUCCUCAAAAUUCUACAAACAAUACCCUAUAAUGACAAUGUGAAAGAAGUUUGUUUGAAGUCUUUGCAAAUUUAUUAAAAAUAAAAAACAAAAAAAGCACAUGUACAUAAGUAUUCACAGCCUGUGCGAUGACAUUCAAAAUUGAGUUCAGGUGCGUCCUGUUUCCACUGAUCAUCCUUGAGAUGUUUCUACGACUUGAUUGGAGUCCACCUGUGGUAAAUUCAGUUGAUUGGACAUGAUUUGGAAAGGCACACACCUGUCUAUAUAAGGUCCCACAGUUAACAAAUGCAUGUCAGAGCACAAACCAAGCCAUGAAGUCCAAGGAAUUGUCUGGAGACCUCCAAGACAGGAUUGUGUCGAGGCACAGAUCUGGGGAAGGGUACAGAAACAUUUCUGCAGCAAUGAAGGUCCCAAUGAGCACAGUGGCCUCCAUCAUCUGUAAAUGGAAGAAGUCUGGAACCAGCAGGACUCUUCCUAGAGCUGGCCGCCCAGCCAAACUGAGUGAUUGGGGGAGAAGGGCCUUAGUCAGGGAGGUGACCAAAAACCCGAUGGUCACUCUGACAGAGCUCCAGCGUGUCUCUGUGGAGAGAGGAGAACCUUCCAGAAGAACAUUCAAAGAUGAAUGCAGCAAUGUACAGAGACAUCCUUGAUGAAAACCUGCUCCAGAGCGCUCUGGACCUCAGACUGGGGCGAAGAUUCAUCUUCCAACAGGACAACAACCCUAAGCACACAGCCAAGAUAACAAAGGAGUGGCUACAGGACAACUCUAUGAAUGUGUUGAGUGGCCCAGCCAGAGCCCAGACUUGAACCCGAUUGAACAUCUCUGGAGAGAUCUGUAAAUGGCUGUGCACCAACGCUCCCCAUCCAACCUGAUGGAGGUUGAGAAGUCCUGCAAAGAAGAAUGAGAGAAACUGCCCAAAAAUAGGUGUGCCAAGCUUGUCGCAUCAUACUCAAAAAGACUUGAGGCUGUAAUUGGUGCCAAAGGUGCUUCAACAAAGUAUUGAGCAAAGGCUGUGAAUACUUGUGUACAUGUGCUUUUUUUUAUGUGUUUUUUACAUGUGUUUUUUAUUUUUAAUAAAUUUGCAAAGAUUUCAAACAAACUUCUUUCGUGUUGUCAUUAUGGGGUAUUGUUUGUAGAAUUUUGAGGAAAAUAAUGAAUUUAAUCCAUUUUGGAAUAAGGCUGUAACAUAACAAAAUGUGGAGAAAGUGAAGCGCUGUGAAUACUUUCCGGAUGCACUGUAUAUAUGAAUACAAUAUGUACUUGAGACAAGAUAUUAUAUUUUUGUUGUGAACGCAUACUGUAUGAAUAACCACAUACCAAGGUCAUUCCAUCUCAAGUGGUCCAAUGCAGGUUACUUGACUGUUUUUAAUUUUAAUUACAAUUUUUUGAGUGAUUUACCUCUAUGUAUUGGCAUUGCAAAAUCAUCAGUUUAUUUUUAUUUUACUUGGUUUAACUACGAUGGCCAUCUUUGUGUCAUGGUACACAACAAAUUUUGCUUAUAAGGCUAUUUACUUAUGGAAACAUGUAUGGAAGUACAGUGUUCAGUUGUUUGUUUGUUUGUUUUUUUUCUUCAAAUGAACAGUCAUAAACAGAGCUAUGGUGUUAUUUGUCCUGUGAAAAGCAGAAAGUGACUGCAACCAACUUUGCAAUUAUUGGACCACUUGAGAUAGAAUGACCCACCACAGACUUAUUCAGAAUAACGGAAUCAACCUUCACAGCUCCAAAAAAGCCUCUGAAAGACAAAGCAACAAAUAUGGCUUCUGCUUUGUUACAAUCUCCAUCGAAAGCAUUGAGCUAAUGCAUGGCCUCACUUGAUCUGUCUUUACCAUUAUUCUUCUUUAGUGUCACUCUUUUGUACCAAUGCAGAAGGUCUUUUUGUUUAUUGAAGGGUAUUUAUGGAUUUUUAGAUGUUAUAGAUAGCCGUGCAUGUUUCUGUUGGUGUUUUUGUACCUCUGAGCAGACUUAAAAGCCAUAAAGCAAAUCAUUGUUGAAUACUAUUGCAGUUUUUUCAACUUUCUUCUUUUUUUUUU